ACAAUUGUUGAUCAUAUUUUGUUUGUAAAAUGGCGCUCCUGUGGACCCCGUACGCCGACGAAGCCCUGGACUUGAGCAAAGCCGCCAUGAAGACGGAACCGGUGGCGCCGAGCCCGCCUUACCUCCCCUACAUGCCGGCCACGACCAGCCCUGUGCCUUCCUACCCAUGGUACCCUUACCCAGUACCGCAAGUGUCUCCUGGUAGCCCAAUGUACCAUGGAUACCCAGUUCCGCAGAUGUCUCCAAGCAGCAGCUCAGGAAACGAAGAAGCUAUGCUGUCUGGCAACCGAAUGGCCACGCUUUCGCCUCCAGACUCACCUGAAGCCGACCACAAUCGCCAGAGCCUCACCAGACUCUCCAAUCACGUCGACAUGGAGUUCCUUGCCGAUGACCCGGACUACCAGGCUUUUGAGCGUGACGCUUUAAGAGCUAUGGCGGAGAAAAACGGAGGAACUUUACUAGGAAACAAUCCUCGUAUGCGCCGCUCCGUCCGCUCCACGAAAGAGACAGUCGAUGACUCGUACAGACAGCAGAGGGAGAGGAACAACUUCGCUGCCAAACAGAGCAGAGACCGCAGGAAGCUGAGAGAAGUGAGGCUUGCCCUUAAAGUGACUUACCUAGAAAAAGAAGCCGCCAAACUUAGGGCCAUGCUUGCUUCAGGACUAUGCGUGAGAUGCAAUUCUUUCCGCGGAUAAUGUGGGAAGAAAAAAGGACAUUUCCGAGUUUCGUGCAAUUUUGUAAAUAGCUGUAGUUAUAGUUAGAUUAAUAAUUUAUUUUGUGCAAUUUAGUAUUAUAUCACUUUUGUUCCUAUGUUGUGAUAAGCAAGGACUGAUAUUUGUCUAAGAUUAUAUAAGGAAAAGAUUUAGGUUUAAGA